CUUCUCCCCUCCUCCAAAUCCCCUAUUAGCAGCCCCAAGAUUCGCUGGUGGUGCUCUCUCGUUCCUCCCUCUACUGCAGCUUGGCCAGUCUCCUCCGCGCGCGACCCACAUUCGAGAUUUUUCCGGGGACCAGUCUUUGUCGUCAUCUUCUAGAAGAACCAAAAUCUGCAAGGGUAAGGUGUCGUGUUUUCUUUCUUUGAUCGAAGCGGUUUGGUUUCAUUUCCCUCAUCUCUACUGCUGUCCACUCCUUUUAUCCCUAUCCAGCUUCCAAACUCGCGCCCUUAGGGCUUCCUUUUGCCUCUUUCCCCCUUCAGGUACGCUUAUUGGUUUUAACUUCUUGUAGUUAUACUUGGAUUUUCCGAUUAGGAUUAGUUCUGUAUGUAAUCGUUAAACAAUGUCCCAGUUUCGGAUUUGUAAACCUAUGAAAUAUGCUUCUAGGGUUAGGAUUUUGUCAUCGAACCGAUAUUUCACUUCUUUUGGACAAUGUGACCCUUUGAUUUCCCGGAGUUACCAAUUUAGUCCUGCUUCUGAUGUCCCAAACCGUCCAUUUUCGACUGGUUUGAUUAACCUAGUUCGUUGUAAAUUAUUUUCACAAAGCGCAAAAUUUACCUGCGGUAAAGCCCUUUACGUGAAACCAUUCUCUUCUGCACACAACGACGAUGACAAGGAUGAUAAUGGUGUAUGUGACACUACGAUGGUAGAGUCAGAAUGUGAAUUUGACGCGGAUGUUGGGAAAAGUGUUGAAUUGGCUGAUGAUGGGGACUAUGUAAAUGGGAAUGUUGUUAGUUAUUCUUUGGGGGUUGAAUUGCAAAAUGGAAGUAAUGAUGUGGGUUUGGAUACAAGCGGUGGUUAUGUGCAUGUUGCAUCGCGUGAUCCUAUUGAAUUAUAUCAUGAGCUGAGAAAUGCUGAGAAGCGUGCAAAGCAGACCCGGCCUGAUUGGGAGACGAUGCAGGAAGUAUUCAGUUACUUUGGAAAGUCUGGUUGGGCUUCCAAUCAGGCUCUCGCAAUUUACAUUGGUUUGUCGUUCUUUCCUACUGCUGCACAGAAGUUUCGGAAGUUUUUCUUUGAGAAAUCUUCUGCUGGUAUUUUUCAGUACGUGGUGAUGCUCGGUCCAUCUGAUGCUGCUGUCAAGUUCCUAUUUCCUAUUUUUGUGGAGUAUUGUUUGGAGGAGUUUCCUGAUGAGAUUAAGCGGUUCCGGGGUAUGGUUGAGUCAGCUGACCUCACAAAGCCCCACACUUGGUUCCCAUUUGCACGGGCCAUGAAACGGAAGAUAAUAUAUCACUGUGGGCCAACCAACAGUGGUAAAACUUACAAUGCCCUUCAACGGUUUAUGGAAGCAAAGAAGGGUAUCUAUUGUAGUCCUCUCAGGUUAUUGGCUAUGGAAGUCUUUGACAAGGUUAAUGCACUUGGGAUUUACUGUAGUCUACAGACAGGGCAAGAAAAGAAAUAUGUCCCCUUUUCAUACCAUAUUGCUUGUACCGUGGAAAUGGUAUCUACAGAUGACUUGUAUGAUGUAGCUGUUAUUGAUGAAAUUCAGAUGAUGUCAGAUCAAUGUAGAGGUUAUGCAUGGACACGGGCAUUACUUGGAUUGAAGGCCGAUGAGAUACAUUUAUGUGGGGAUCCGAGUGUUUUGAGUAUUGUUCAAAAGAUUUGUGCAGAUACUGGGGAUGAGUUGCAUGAACAUCAUUAUGAGAGGUUUAAGCCAUUGGUGGUUGAAGCCAAGACCCUGUUGGGAGAUCUUAAAAAUGUUCGUUCUGGGGAUUGUGUGGUUGCUUUUUCAAGGAGAGAGAUAUUUGAGGUCAAAAUGGCAAUUGAGAAACACACCAAUCACCGCUGCUGUGUGAUUUAUGGUGCCUUGCCACCCGAAACUCGUAGACAUCAAGCUAAUCUAUUCAAUGAUCAAGAUAACGAAUUCAAUGUGCUUGUCGCUAGUGAUGCUGUGGGAAUGGGUCUGAACCUUAAUAUUAGAAGAGUUGUCUUUUAUAGCCUCUCAAAAUACAAUGGAGACAAGAUUGUUCCAGUUCCAGCAUCACAGGUGAAACAAAUUGCAGGAAGAGCUGGUCGUAGAGGAAGUCGCUAUCCAGACGGACUCACAACGACCUUGCAGUUAGAAGAUUUAGAUUACUUGAUUGAGUGCUUGAAGCAGCCUUUUGAAGAAGUAAAGAAAGUUGGUCUCUUUCCUUUCUUUGAGCAGGUUGAGCUAUUUGCUGGGCAACUCCCCAAUGUUACAUUCUGUCAGCUACUAGAGAAAUUUGGUGAAAAUUGCCGUUUGGAUGGAUCAUACUUUUUGUGUCGACAUGAUCAUAUAAAGAAGGUUGCAAAUAUGCUGGAGAAGAAGGUGCAGGGAUUAUCUCUGGAAGAUCGUUUUAAUUUCUCUUUCGCCCCAGUUAAUAUUAGGGACCCAAAAGCAAUGUAUCAUCUCCUGAGGUUUGCUUCAGCAUACAGUCAGAAUGUUCCCGUCAAUAUCGCAAUGGGCAUGCCAAAGGGUUCUGCUCGAAAUGAUGCAGAGCUAUUGGAUCUCGAGACUAAGCAUCAAGUGUUGUCUAUGUAUUUGUGGUUGUCGCACCACUUUAAGAAGGAAACUUUUCCAUAUGUGAAGAAGGCUGAGACAAUGGCGACGGACAUUGCUGACUUGUUGGGUCAGUCUCUAAUCAAAGCCAACUGGAAACCAGAAACAAGACAGGUAAGGAAACCAAAGCCUCAACAAAAGGAUGCCUCUCAACCAGGUUAUGAGAGACCAAGGUCACUUGUCAAAUUAUAUGAGAAGAAAAAGCUUGAAAAGUCUUUACCAAGUAAGAAUACAGAGAAGGUUGCUGCAUAAUGAAAUUGCAGAUUGCAGAGAUAAUAAAGGAAGAUUUGUGGCCCAAUCCACUGAAGUCUUAAGAUGGUGAUAUUUUCUUCAUACAUGUUCCUUUUCAUUUUUCUGUAGUAUUUUCCUUGUUAUCUGAGUGGUUAGUCAACAAGAAAUCUGGGAUUAUUGUUUUCUGUUUGCUCUUGAGUUUGUUUACGUUGAGAAUUUUUAAUUUCAUUGUUUCAGGAGACUGAUGUAGGGGACUCUGAUGAUGAAGAGGAAAAUGAUGAUGAUGGUGAAGACAUUAAUGAGGAAGACAGCUGAGCUCUUUCUGGCUUGCUCUUCAUCAUAUUUUUCAUUUUCUCCUAUGGUUCCUGGCAAUGAGAAGAACAAGCUCCAGUUAGAACCACCUUUCUGGUUACAUGGUGGUCGAACCUCGUAACAGACUCUCCUUAUUUACCGAGUCUUUUAUGUUCUGCUGUUUAUGCCCUAGAUCUUUUUGCUUGUAUUUUGUUUGCUGUUCUCAAGCAGAAAUUUCUUUUCAGUAA